AUGAUACGUUUAAACUCUACCGUUAGAACUGGCCGCUCGGUCAUAUUAGACCGGAACGAGUGCAAGCCACAUCGCUUGGACGACGAAUACCUGAAGCGGUUCCUGAGGGCGCGCCGCUUCGUGUCCGCCCGGGCGCACGGGCUGUACGCGUUCCAGUUGCACCAGUGGGGCCUCCACGUUUUCAACUGCUCCAGAAUUUUCGAGGCCCUGUUCCACCUCUUCAAACGCUUAGCGCCCAGCGACGAACUCUGGCGGAAAGUUACCGUCUCCCAUGGACUUCCACAAUACCUGGUUGAUUGCAAUCUGUUCAUCGACCCGGAGUGCCUUCCUGCAAGGUACGGCGGCCACAGACGGCCGGUGUCGCUGGGCGAAUGGCUGACGAAGAUCAGGGGCUACAGGGAUCGAAGUUUUGUCGUUCCCGCCAAUUUGUCAUCGCUAUCUCAGACGAUGCCGUUCAUCGAUAUAGCCUUCCAAGCGGAGAUCAGCAGGUACGAGGAUGCAGAUUUCGAGGAGAUCGCGAGGAGGAAUUGCAACGAGGAGCCACGGCGGAGGAGCCACGCGAUCCAGGAGCUGAGAAACAUGGUGUACGAGAGGGGCGAAUGUCAUCCGAGGCGAAUGGAUGACGCAUAUUUACUUCGAUUCCUAAGAUGCCGUCGCUUCAUACCGGCGUUAGCGCACAAACUGAUGGUCCGUUACGAAGAGUUUCGCAGGAAGAACGCAUAUCUGUACGACUGCAGUGCCUUCGGGCUGCAGAAGGUGAAACACGUGUAUGGUGGCACGUUCCCAGAGAGCCCAGUCCACGGACGCAUCACGCUGAUGAGAUUUGGUAAAUGGGACACGGACGCGGUGCCCAUAGUGGACGUGGUGCGUUGCGCCCUCAUCAUGGACGAGGUAGCGGUUCUGCAGCCGAAGCUCCAGAUCCUGGGCGUCACGAUCAUCGUGGACCUCGAGGGGCUGAGCAUGCGCCAGGUCAGCCACCUGACGCCGACAAUAGCGGGGCAAAUCGUCAGCCUGAUGGGGGUCUCGUUCCCGCUUCUGAUGCACGGCCUGCACAUAAUCAACUACAACUGGUUCCUGCACACGUUCUUCUACGUUUUCAAGCAGUUCAUACCGCGGGCCGCCUGGGAAAGGAUCCACUUUCACGGCUACGACAUGUCCUCCCUCCACAAGCACAUCGACCCCGCCCACCUGCCCCCAGAGUAUGGGGGCACCUGUCAACAUGUCAUAUCCACCGAGGAGUGGCUGAGGAAGGUCAACUUGUACAAAGACGACUUCAUGGUUCAAGAGCUGAGGGAUCUGGGUUUCACAGUGGAU